UCGGUCCUACAAUUCUCCAUUAACAGUGACCAAGGAAUUCGCAGAGAGUUCCGACCGCAACAACAAGAAGAACAACAAGAGCGACGAAUCAGUGGAGAUGGCCACCAGCGGAAUUGUCGAAUCAUUUCCCACAGGCGCCCUGGUGCCCAAGGCGGAGACGGGGGUCCUCAACUUCCUGCAGAAGUAUCCGGAGUACGACGGACGCGACGUCACCAUAGCCAUCUUCGAUUCCGGCGUAGAUCCCCGGGCAACGGGACUCGAGACGCUUUGCGACGGACACACCGUAAAAGUGAUCGAGCGGUACGACUGCUCCGGAUGCGGGGAUGUGGACAUGAAGAAGAAGGUGACGCCGGACGAGGGCGGCAACCUGAAGGGCCUGUCCGGCAACACGCUCAAACUGAGCCCAGAACUGAUGGCCCUGAACACGGAUCCGGACAAGUCAGUGCGUGUGGGCCUCAAAAGCUUCAGUGAUCUGGUGCCCUCCAAGAUAAGGAACAAUAUCGUGGCCCAGGCCAAGCUUAAGCACUGGGACAAGCCGCACAAAACGGCCACUGCCAACGCCAGUCGCAAGAUUGUCGAAUUCGAGUCACAAAAUCCAGGGGAAGCAUCCAAGCUGCCCUGGGAAAAGAAGAUAGUUAAGGAGAACCUGGACUUCGAGCUGGAGAUGCUCAACAGCUACGAGAAAGUGUACGGCGACAUCAAGACGUCCUACGACUGCAUCCUCUUCCCCACAGCCAACGGUUGGCUAACCAUCAUUGACACCACGGAGCAGGGCGAUCUGGAGCAAGCCUUGCGCAUCGGCGAGUACUCGCUUACGCACGAGACCCGCAACGUGGACGACUUCCUCUCCGUGUCCGUGAACGUCCAUGACGAGGGCAACGUGCUAGAGGUGGUGGGCAUGUGCUCGCCCCACGGCACCCAUGUCUCGUCCAUUGCCAGCGGCAAUCACAGCUCCCGGGAUGUGGAUGGCGUGGCGCCGAAUGCCAAGAUCGUGUCGAUGACCAUCGGCGAUGGCCGACUGGGCUCCAUGGAGACGGGAACAGCGCUGGUGCGGGCCAUGACCAAGGUGAUGGAGCUGUGCCGCGAUGGCAAACGCAUCGAUGUGAUCAACAUGAGCUAUGGGGAGCACGCCAACUGGUCGAAUUCCGGCCGCAUUGGGGCGCUGAUGAACGAGGUGGUCAACAAGUACGGCGUAGUGUGGGUGGCCUCGGCCGGCAACCAUGGACCGGCCCUCUGCACCGUCGGCACUCCGCCGGACAUCAGUCAGCCCAGUUUGAUCGGCGUGGGCGCCUACGUCUCGCCCCAGAUGAUGGAGGCCGAGUACGCGAUGCGUGAGAAGCUGCCCGGCAACGUGUACACGUGGACAUCGCGCGAUCCCUGCAUCGAUGGCGGCCAGGGCGUGACCGUGUGCGCUCCGGGCGGAGCCAUUGCGUCCGUGCCGCAAUUCACCAUGAGCAAGUCGCAGCUGAUGAAUGGCACCAGUAUGGCGGCACCCCAUGUGGCCGGCGCCGUGGCGCUGCUCAUUUCCGGACUGAAGCAACAGAACAUCGAGUAUUCGCCGUACAGUAUUAAGCGGGCGAUCAGCGUCACUGCCACCAAACUGGGCUACGUGGAUCCCUUUGCCCAGGGCCAUGGUCUGCUCAAUGUGGAGAAGGCCUUCGAGCACUUGAUGGAGCACCGGCAGUCCAAGGACAAUAUGCUUAGGUUCUCCGUGCGCGUGGGCAACAACCAGGCCAAGGGCAUCCAUUUGCGUCAAGGCGUGCAGCGCAGGUUCAUCGACUACAAUGUGAACAUUGAGCCGAUCUUCUUCAACGACAAGGAGGCGGAUCCCAAGGACAAGUUCAACUACAAUGUGCGUCUGAAUCUCAUUGCCUCGCAGACCUGGGUGCAAUGUGGAGCUUUCCUGGACCUCAGCUACGGCACCCGUUCCAUUGUGGUGCGCAUUGAUCCCACUGGCCUCCAGCCAGGCGUCCACAGCGCCGUGAUUCGUGCCUUCGACACGGACUGUGUGCAGAAGGGUGCCCUCUUCGAGAUUCCCGUCACAGUGGUGCAGCCCCAUGUGCUGGAGUCUGACCACAGCAAGCCCGUGUUCGAACCCGCCUCCACCAAGGGAGACAAUAGCGUGGAGUUCCAGCCAAACACCAUUCAAAGAGACUUUAUCCUGGUGCCGCAACACGCCACUUGGGCGGAGCUGCGCAUGCGCAUCACCGAUCCCAAUCGUGGCAAGGACAUUGGCAAGUUUUUCGUUCACACAAACCAGCUGCUUCCCAAGCAAUCAUGCCGCAAGCUGGAGACCAUGAAGAUCGUACCCGUGGGUUCGGAGCACGAAGCCACCAUGGUUUUCAAGGUUAAGUCUGGCAAGAUUCUGGAGCUGUGCAUUGCCAAGUAUUGGUCCAACUAUGGCCAGAGUCACCUGAAGUACAGUCUGCUCUUCCGUGGAGUUGAAGCCCACAAUCCCAAUGCCUAUGUUAUGCAUGCCGGAAGGGGCAUUCACAAGCUGGAGGUCGAGUCCUUGAUUUCGGAGGACUUGCAGCCGCUCUUGCAAUUGAAAAACGCCGCUGUGGUGCUGAAGCCCACCGAGGCUAAGAUCUCGCCGUUAAGUGCCACCCGAGACGUGAUCCCAGACGGUCGACAGGUGUACCAGAACCUGUUGGUCUUCAACUUGAACGUGGCCAAGCCCGCGGAGGUGGCCCUCUAUGCCCCAAUCUUCAACGACAUGCUGUACGAGGCAGAGUUCGAGUCCCAGAUGUGGAUGCUGUUUGAUGCGAACAAGGCACUGGUCGCCACCGGUGACGCCCACUCGCACACCUUCUUCACGAAGCUCGAAAAGGGCGACUACACCGUGCGACUGCAGGUGCGGCACGAGAAGCGCGAACUGCUGGAGAAGAUCUCGGAGGCCAAUUUGGUGGCCUCCUUUAAGCUUCCUAACAUGCUCGCUCUCGACAUUUACGAGAACUACAACCAAUGCAUUGUGGGCGGCCGUAAGUUCGUCUCCGGCCAGCUGAGAGGCUCCACCCGGGUGCUGUACAUCGCUCCAAUUGCCCAGGAGCGACUCACCAAGGCCAAUCUGCCCGCCCAGUGCGCCUGGCUGAGCGGCAAUCUGGUAUUCCCCCAGGACGAGGCCGCACGUCGCGUGGCCCUGCAUCCCUUCAACUACAUACUGAACCCGUCAGAGAAGAAGGCAAACACGAACGGAUCCAGCAACGGAUCCAGUGCUACAGGAUCCCCAGCAGCAGCAACCGUCGCCGUCGCUGCCAAUGCGGCCAAACCGAAGGCUCCGGCCACUCCACAGGCAGCCACCUCGUUGAACAAUCCCGCUGCCGGCGAUGGCGUCACGGUGCAGAGCGACCCGCCGGUGGACAGCAAUGCCAGUCCCGCUUCGCCCAAAAAGGGCAAGGCCAAUGCCGACGAUUAUGCCGAAAGCUUGCGCGACUUCCAGUGCUCGCACAUCGCCAAGUGUGAGCUGGAGAUGGCGGAGAAGAUCUACAACGAGGUGGUGGCUGCCCAUCCAAAGCACCUGCCGGCCAACCUGCUGCUCAUCCAGAACAUCGAGUCCACUCAGUUGAAGGUGCAACUGCCGCUGACGUUCGCCAAUGCCCAAAAGACAUCGCCACCGCCGGAGGGAGGAGAGAGUGCCGACAAGCAGAGGGAGGACCAGAAGAAGAUGCGCAGCGCCCUGGAGCGCAUUGUCAAGCUGGCCGAUAAGGUGAUCCAGGAGACCGAUGUCGAGGCACUGCUCUCGUAUUAUGGCCUCAAGAACGAUACUCGAUCCGAUGCAGCAAAGAUAAAGACAAACAUGGACAAGCAAAAGAACAAUCUCAUCGAGGCACUGAGCAAGAAGGGCAUCGCCCUGGCCAAGCUGGCCGUUCUGGAUGAUUGCGUGAAGGAUCGCCUGGCGGAGAUCAACGAUCUGUACACGGAGAUAAUCAAGUUCGUGGAUGCCAACGACACAAAGGCCAUUCAGUUCGCCCUGUGGCACGCCUAUGCCAAUGCCCACUAUGGUCGCAUGUACAAGUUCGUGGUCAAGCUGAUCGAGGAGAAGCGUACUCGCGAUCACUUCGAGGAGCUGGCCGCCAUCAAUGGCGCCCUGGGUCACGAGCACAUCCGGACGGUCAUCAACCGCAUGAUGAUCACCGCCUUUCCCAGCAGCUUCCGUUUGUUCUGAACGCCGAUCCGCAAGCAGUUGACCCACAACAAAUAUUCACGCAUCGAUGCGCUCAUUGUUUUUUGUAUCUAAAAUAACCAAUAUGUAUAUGAAUAAAUGCUAUUAAUUGAAA